CGCUCGAACCCCACACCUCCCAGAGAGCAGGACCCGACCAAACCUCCUACGCCACUGCGCCCCCCUUCAACAAAACACCGUCAGACAAUUAUGCUUCACUUCCUUCCCAUAAUCUGUUCAAAUAGCAACAGAUAUAAAAUACUUAAAUGUCAUUGCUCAAGACCCUGUAAAAGUUCACUGCAGUUAACCUCACUGAUAAUCUACUGUAGUAAAACCAAACAGUUUUCUUUUGUACUUUAGUACCAGUACAGCAUUGAAUUAAUGUGUAAUUGUGAUUAUAGACCUCAACCCUAAUAUUGCUUAAUUCAGAGGUUUUUCUUUUUACAACAAAGCUAAGUAACAAAAAUUGUGGAAAUGUAAAGAUAAUUGAUAUUGUUUACCAGAGGCCUUUUUCAGGAGUUUAUGUUAGUUUAUGGUAACGUAAUGUACAGUACCACUCAAAAGUCAGUAUGCAGUUGCUCUUUUCUUUAUACGUUUUUGUUAAAUACUUGAGAAAAGCAGAACUGUCACCAUAUCUUGGAUUAGUACAAUAAAUUUAAUAAUACUUAGAAGAAACUUAAUAUAGAGCUUAAUGUGCCACAUUUAGGAAAAACAGAUAAAUAUUAGCAUUAAAAAUAGUUUCUGCUGUGACACAUCUACAAACUGUGAUAGGUGUACAAUUUUGAAGAUUUUGGAAUGAAACCUUAAAAAAUGAAAUUCGUCUUCCGUCAGUUGACAGGGUGCUACAAAAGCUUGCAAUGUGGCUUGCAACUAUGAACAAUAUGGCAUUUUAAAGACGCUUUAGAAAGAGAUUCUUUUUUACUUCCAUGUAUUUCAGAAUAUAUUGGAAGAUAUUCUUUCCAAACUCAGUAUUUUGUUAACUCUAACCAGUCACUGCAGUUGUAGUACCAAACAACAAUUAUUAGAGAUUGAAACAUAAGUGUAACAAGGGCAGGGAUAUCCCCUUCCCAGACACUCAAGCAAGCUUAAUGCCCUCCCCAGGACUAUGAAUUCAUAUUAUAAUAGUAUAAUCCAAUACUACAAUUGUAUUACAAUAUUUACAGUUCCUAUUGGUAAUGUUUUACCCUUCACAAAACACACAACUGCCUUUAAGAAACUUGAAAGCACACGUUUAUGAAUCUGUUUCACAAGACUUAGUUCCUGCAAUAAUCAUGACAACAGUGAUGUUUUUAUUAUUUUUUUCUCAUGAUUUAAUUUAAAAACACAAGUCUGUUGUGAUACUAAAUGAAAAGGUGUUUUUAAAACUAAACUCAGCCAGUAUUUCAUUUUAAUGUGGCUUUUUAAAAAUGUGUCAUAAAAUAUGAAGAGAAAGUUGUGUCCUGUCACUACAGGAAAAAAACAAGAACCAUAACGCUCUACAGGAGGCUCUACUGCUUCAAAAUUAUCUCUCUGCCAGAUUUUUAAACUCAACUAGAGGGAUACAGUGACUUUUCAUUUAACAAUCUUAUUCUUAUUUUGUAGCAAAUGACAGUACAACCUCACCUCCAAGCACCAGUCCAUCUUCUCAUACAUCCAUGCAAGCCAGCACCGAUACCACCAAAGCAAAUGACAGUGUAGGCUCACCCACAAGCAUCAGCUCACCUCCUCUUACAUCCACGCAAACCAACAUCAGUGCCACCAAAGGUAAUGUCCUCUUUACACUUGGAGGAAUUUCAAGGACACAGACAAGAAAGUAAGGUGUAGGUCAAAUACGUUUUUCCUCAUUUUGGCUUGGACUUGAACUCUUCAACAACUGUGCUCGCAAGUGGGCAUUUCAACCUUCAGUGAUUCAGUUUUCUCUAGUUUCAACCGUUACCUGCAGACCUGGUAAAAAAACUAUGAUUGAAAGCUCCGUCUUUCACAUUUCAUUGUUAUUGUUCAAAGAGAUUGAGUCAGUUUAGGAAGUUACCAGAUGUUUAAACCCAAAUAGAAGGAUGCAGUGACUUUUGAUGAAGUCUCAGAAUAAACUACAGCUAAAAGGAAAAACUGAGAGAAGUAUAACUCACCAUGAGAUACAUUGGUCUUGAUGCCUCAAUCAUUAGUUUUGGACAAACAACCUUUUUUUUCUCCCAUGUUCUGUAACCCUUCAAAAUGUAUAUUUAAUCCUUUAAUUCUUAUUUUGUAGCAAAUCACAGUGUAGGCUCACCUCCAAGCAUCAGCUCACCUCCUCUUACAUCCACGCAAACCAACAUCAGUGCCACCAAAGGUAAUGUCCUCUUUACACUUGGAGGAAUUUCAAGGACACAGACAAGAGAGUAAGGUGUAGGUCAAGUACGUUUUUCCUCAUUUUGGCUUGGACUUGAACUCUUCAACAACUGUGCUCGCAAGUGGGCAUUUCAACCUUCAGUGAUUCAGUUUCUCUAGUUUCAACCGCUACCUGCAGACCUGGUAAAAAAACUAUGAUUGAAAGCUCCGUCUUUCACAUUUCAUUGUUAUUGUUCAAAGAGAUUGAGUCAGUUUAGGAAGUUACCAGAUGUUUAAACCCAAAUAGAAGGAUGCAGUGACUUUUGAUGAAGUCUCAGAAUAAACUACAGCUAAAAGGAAAAACUGAGAGAAGUAUAACUCACCAUGAGAUACAUUGGUCUUGAUGCCUCAAUCAUUAGUUUUGGACAAACAACCUUUUUUUUCUCCCAUGUUCUGUAACCCUUCAAAAUGUAUAUUUAAUCCUUUAAUUCUUAUUUUGUAGCAAAUCACAGUGUAGGCUCACCUCCAAGCAUCAGCUCACCUCCUCUUACAUCCACGCAAACCAACAUCAGUGCCACCAAAGGUAAUGUCCUCUUUACACUUGGAGGAAUUUCAAGGACACAGACAAGAGAGUAAGGUGUAGGUCAAGUACGUUUUUCCUCAUUUUGGCUUGGACUUGAACUCUUCAACAACUGUGCUCGCAAGUGGGCAUUUCAACCUUCAGUGAUUCAGUUUCUCUAGUUUCAACCGCUACCUGCAGACCUGGUAAAAAAACUAUGAUUGAAAGCUCCGUCUUUCACAUUUCAUUGUUAUUGUUCAAAGAUACUGAGUCAGUUUAGGAAGUUGCCAGAUGUUUAAACCCAAAUAGAAGGAUGCAGUGACUUUUGAUGAAGUCUCAGAAUAAACUACAAUUAAAAGGAAAAACUGUGAGAGGAGUAUAAUUCACCAUGAGAUACAUUGGUCUUGAUGCCUCAAUCAUUAGUUUUGGACAAACAACCUUUUUUUUCUCCCAUGUUCUGUCACCCUUCAAAAUGUAUAUUUAAUCCUUUAAUUCUUAUUUUGUAGCAAAUGACAGUACAACCUCACCUCCAAGCAUCAGCUCACCUCCUCUUACAUCCACGCAAACCAACAGCAUCAUUACCACCAAAGGUAAUAUCCUCUUUACACUGAGAGGAGUUUCAAGGACACAGACAAGACAGUAAGGUCUAAUUCGAGUAUUUUUUUCCUUUUUUCUGCUCAGACUUUUCAACGCUGUUUUGGAUUUUCCUUUCUUCAUUCACCAGAUACUUUUCUCCAAAGGCAUCCAACUCAGCGUAGACAGAAGUGCAUUUCUCCAACUUACAAAUAUACACACACAGACAUGGACAGAUUAUCAAAGUGCAAUUAGUACAAUCAGUUAGUCAGGUACCACUGUUUUCGCCUACAUACAUUACUUGUGUAGCUGCCUGUAGAGUUACUGGCUAGUCUUUGAUUUUGAACAGAUGAUAUAGUGCAAGUUUGUGAAAGAGAGGAGAUAAGAGGGCCUGAAAGAGAUGUUUCUUGAGAUCCUUCAGAAUGUUGAGAGGGAUCCAGUACCUCUGAGUGAAAGAGGGAGCUCAUUCCACCACACUGUAGUUAGAACUGAGUAACUUCAAGGUUUCAUCUGUUGAAGGUUUCAGUCCCAACAUUUCAGAUUUAAACCUUCAUCAUUUCAGUUUCUUCCAGCUAUAACCAUUACCUUCAGACCUGGACAGUAGAGGCUGCAGAAAAACAAUGGUUAAAAGCUCUGUCUUCCACAUUCUACUUGUCUUGUUCAAAUUGAUUGAAUCAGUUUGGAAAAUUACCUGAUAUUUAAACUCAAAUACAGGGAUGCAGUGACUUUUGCUGUAGAGAGAUACAGUGAUAAACUAACUUAAGGGUAAACUGUGUGAGAACUGUAAUUUUGCAUUAAAUACAUUAAACUUCUUUGACCCAGACUUCCUAAGCAUUAGUUUUAAACAGACAGCCAUUCUUUCUUAAACUGUAUGUUCCUUAACUCUUCAUACAACAUUCUUUUCAACAAAGUGUAUUUAACAUUAUUAUUCUUAUAUGCAGGCUCACCUACAAACACCAGCUCAGUUUCUUCUACACCCACGCAAACCACCAUCAGUGCUACCGAAGCCACCUCCUCAGUCACCUCACCUCCACCCACCAAUACAACCUCCUUUCUCCAGGGCUCAAGCUCCAGUGCUGAGAAAGUCAACUCUACAUCAAGCGCCUCACCUACACCCUUCACUACAACUCCCUCUGCUGUGGCCAGCAAUGACAGUACUGCAGUCACGACAACAGAGGACUGUGGCAGUUUUACAAUUUCGAAAGUCCGGGGUGGCAUGACAAUAAACGUAUCUGGAACGGCCGACACUGUGUUUUUUGUGGAUGAUGAAGGAAGACGAUAUGAAAUAAAUUUAUACCAUAACAACAUAACCGAACUGGAGCCCUGGAAAACAUACCAAAAUAUAACAGUUUUAAAGAAGUCUUGCAAGCUUAAAGGAGACAGUAAUUUUACAACAGGAGAAAUUGGUUCAGAUGAAAUAACGUUUCAUGCUACAAAAAUGACUUUAUGUUAUAAAUCGGACUGGAAUAUCAGUGCAGCAAAAGUUUUCAUCAAUAGUGAGCCAGAACCACGAAACCUGUCGACAAAGUGUGUACAACUUAAGAAGGAAGAAUCUUGUCAAAACGUGAACGUUACCUUCCAGUUCAAGAACGGAAAUGUUUCUGAAUCAGUUUCCAAAGUCUACAGUACCGGACCAAUUCUUGACUCCGUUGAUAUUCGACACAACCAAAAUGUGCCAAACGGAAUAGAAUGGAAAAAUCGGCCAGAAAAUUGUCAAAAUGACAGUAUCCAUUACAACUGCAUAGAUGAGGCAACUAAAAACAACGUCAGUAUUGACGAUCUGUAUCCUGGUGAAUUCAACUGCACUGGAACAGUGUUUGAUGGAAGCAAAAAGCCAGUUAACUCAGGAACAGUAAAGCUCUCCCUUAAGUGCGAAUUCAACAACAGGAUGGUUUCCAUAUCCAACACGAGUGAAUCUACAAUCAUCUUUUCUUGGUCUAAUGAUAUUAAGUGCACCCAUCCUCUGUUACAGAGUAACAGAAGAUUCCAAAGUUCUUGCAAUUCAACUAAUGGGUCAAACUGUAAAGUCUCAUUUGGAAACAAUCAAUCAACAUGUUCAAAUCUAGAGCCAUACACAACCUAUACAUGCACUGUCGGGCUUCUAUAUGUGAACAAAGUGAAAAAUGUGACAGAAAAUGUGACGCAAACUGUGCAAACACUGGCUGGGACUCCAGAUCCGGUUUCAAACAUUCAACAUGAGCUCCAAAGUAACAAUGAAGUUAAAGUUAGAUGGGACUUUGAAGGAAAACCAAAAGGCCCAAAAAAAUUUUUCGCUGGAACAAUAAAGUCAUCUGGCACAUUCGAAAAUUUUAACACCACUGAAAAUGAAGUUGAGUUCAAGAACCUUUAUUAUUUGACGUCAUACACUGUGGAGAUUUUUGUACAUAAUGGUAUAAAGGCAAGUCAAACAACGAUGGAGCACUUCAAGACUUCAUAUAACAACAAAGCUUUGAUUGGAUUUCUUGCAUUUUUUAUUGUCCUUACAUCUGUGGCCCUUAUUUUUGUUCUAUUCAAGAUCUAUCUGCUUCAAAAAAGAAACUCAAACAACGAUGAUGAUGAGAGAUAUCCGCUCACCAACAUUGAAGAAAACACAUUAAUGAAUGUGGAGCCCAUCGGUGCUGAUCUGCUUCUUGAGACCUACAAGAGAAAGAUUGCAGAUGAGGGUCGUCUUUUCCUGGCUGAAUUUCAGAGCAUACCAAGAGUUUUCAGCAAGUUCCACAUCAAGGAUGCCAGAAAGGCCUCUAAUCAAAUCAAGAACCGCUAUGUUGAUAUCCUACCAUACGAUUACAACCGUGUCCGCCUUUCCACGAGUACUGAUGGGUCUGACUACAUUAAUGCAAGCUUCAUAGAUGGUUAUAAAGAACCAAAGAAGUACAUUGCAGCCCAAGGGCCUAAGAAUGAGACAGUGGUUGACUUCUGGAGAAUGGUGUGGGAGCAGCAGUCAUCUGUAAUCGUCAUGGUUACCCGCUGUGAAGAAGGAAACCGGAACAAAUGUGCUCAGUACUGGCCUUCCAUGGACAGAGAGACAGAGAUUUUUGAAGACUUUGUGGUGAAAAUCAGCACAGAAGACCAUUUCCCGGAUUACGUCAUUCGACACCUCACCAUUACCAACAAGCGGGAGAAGAGCUUGGAGAGAGAAGUGACCCACAUCCAGUUCACCAGCUGGCCUGACCACGGGGUUCCUGGCGAGCCGCACCUUCUCCUCAAGCUGAGACGUCGUGUCAACGCUUUCAAAAACCUCUUUAGCGGGCCGAUAGUAGUCCACUGCAGCGCCGGAGUGGGACGCACGGGUACCUAUAUCGGAAUCGACGCCAUGAUGGAGGGUCUGGAGGCAGAGGGAAGGAUGGAUAUUUACGGAUAUGUGGUCAAACUUCGUCGCCAGCGAUGCCUCAUGGUGCAAGUAGAGGCCCAGUACAUCCUCAUCCACCAGGCUCUGAUAGAGUACACCCAGUUUGGGGAGACGGAGAUCCACCUGUCAGAGCUGCACUCCACCCUCAACACCUUGAAGCAGAAGGAUCUAGGCUCUGAGACGACCCUUCUGGAGAUGGAGUUCCAGAGACUACCAAAGUACAAAAAUUGGAGGACUUGCAACACAGCAACAAGCGAGGAGAACAAGAAGAAAAACCGUUAUUCCAGACUUGUCCCAUUUGACUACAACAGAGUUCUCGUGAAACUCGAGGAUGAGGCUAGCCGUGAGAGUGACCAGGAGGAUGAGGAUUAUUCAACAGACGAAGAUGACGAAGACUUCACCAAAUACAUCAACGCCUCAUACAUAGACGGUUACUGGGGUCCCAGAUGUCUAAUUGCUGCUCAGGGACCUCUUCCAGACACCAGAGCAGACUUCUGGCAAAUGAUAUUCCAGAAGAAGGCCAAAGCACUUGUCAUGCUUACAGACUGCAUGGAAAAUGGCAAGGAGUUCUGCUCACCAUAUUGGGGCGAUGAGAAAAUGGUCUUCGAGGACAUUGAGGUGGAAAUGAAAGACAGCAACAGCUGCCCUGCAUAUGAAACCCGGUGCAUCGAAAUACGACACACGAAGAGGAAAGAGAGCCGCAAAGUGUAUCAGUAUCAUUUCCCGAGGUGGACUGAGCAGCACCUUCCGGAGAACCCCAGAGACCUGGUGGACAUGAUAAAGAGCAUGAAGCAGAAGUUUGAGUAUGACAAAAUGAGGCCCGAGAGGAACAUGCCAGUCGUGGUUCACUGCAAUGAUGGAUCAACACGGACCGGUCUCUUCUGCGCACUCUGGAACGUUCUGGAGAGUGCUGACACGGAGAAGCUGAUGGACAUCUUCCAGGUGGUCAAGGCUCUGCGUAAGGAGAGGCCGGGGAUGAUGCUCAGCUUUGAGCAGUACCAGUUCCUGUACAACGCGGUGGAGCAAACGUACCCCACCCAGAACGGCGAGGUGAAGCAGAACCACGCCGCAGGAGCUGCGCAUGUGAUAGACGAGACCGAGGAGGCCAAGAAGGGCCAACCGGAGGAGAGCGCUGCCGGAGGCAUCCAGGAGGGGGACACUAACCCAAAGGCCUCCGAGCAAGCGGAACAGGGCGUUCCCUCAGCCGGUGCCCGAACGGAGGGAGGCGGCAAGGCCGAGUCCCAGGCGGCCGGGAGGGGGCGGUCGCAGAGCCCACCACGACCUCCGAGGACACCAAGACGUCUCCGGAAGCGGAAGGGGUCGCCAACGGUCCCGAUGUAAUUGUGGAGCUAUAAGAAAAGCUUUGUAUAAUCAUGCUUAUUAUAUUACCUUUUGUUUUAUUGUUUAGAAAGUUCUAUAAACAAUGUAUGCGGGCAAAUAUUCCUUAAGUACCUGGUUUUUUUUUUUUUUUUUUUUUUUUUUAAAUCUCGGGUUAUCAGCUGGUUUUAAACAACGUGAAUGUAAUGUAAAUUCCAUACAGUUGCAGAAUGCAGUAGUUUUCAAAAAUUGUUUUAUACUUAUUCAGAAGAAAUAAAUUAUGAAGAGGAAUUUUGGUAAGUCGGUCAGCGUCUGUAUAAUUGUAAUGUAGGAAGGAAAAGUUAGAAAUAUUGCUAAACAGCACUACCAUGCUACAAUCAAACUUGUUUCUGUUCUUUACGUAACUGCUUAAGACAUGUUCAGUUCUGUUCAACCAUAUGAAAUCGUAUUUUGGCACUCUGAGGCAAAAAUAAUCAAUAAAAUUUCAUUUUAUAGA